AGAGAGACAUAGAAGAAGAGGAAACGAGUGAGAGGUACGGCUAGAGCCAGAGAGAAGGAUAGAAAGAGAAAGAGGGAGAUCGAGUGUGCGCGCGCGCCUAAAGGAGAGGGAGAGAGAAAGAGAGAGAUAGUUAGAUACAUAGAGAGAGAGAGAGAGAGAGAGAGAGAGAGAGAGAGAGAGAGAGAGAGAGAGAGAAGAAAAGUGAAGAGAAGAGAGGAGAGGAGAGGAGAGAGAGAGACUGAGUGAAGAGAGGGAGGGAGGGAGGAGUAAGAAAGAGUCGUUGGACUCUCCUCCAUUAGCCAAAGAACGGAUACGUCGUUGGAAGCGGAAUCUAGGAGCGUCUCCGAAACGGCGUACACGAGAUCCUCUUCGCCAUAUUACUAUAUAUAGAAAGAGAAAAAACGUGGCGGAUUCGGCGAUCACUUGGCUGUGACAACGUGCACAGAUACAUAGAUAGAGCAAGGAAAUGCGUGAAUAUAAAAUAGUAGUAUUGGGCAGUGGAGGUGUAGGCAAGUCCGCCCUCACUGUCCAAUUUGUCCAAGGAAUUUUUGUUGAGAAGUACGAUCCUACGAUCGAGGAUAGCUACCGUAAGCAAGUCGAGGUCGACGGUCAACAAUGUAUGUUAGAAAUUCUAGACACAGCUGGAACGGAACAAUUUACAGCCAUGAGGGAUUUGUACAUGAAAAACGGACAAGGGUUCGUUUUAGUAUACUCGAUAACGGCACAAUCGACGUUCAACGAUUUGCAAGAUCUGAGGGAGCAGAUCCUGCGAGUAAAGGACACAGAUGAUGUGCCAAUGGUGCUUGUGGGUAAUAAAUGUGAUUUGGAGGAUGAAAGAGUAGUUGGCAAAGACCAGGGCGUCAACCUUGCCCGGCAAUUUAAUUGUGCGUUCAUGGAGACCUCUGCCAAAGCCAAGAUUAAUGUGAACGAUAUCUUCUACGAUUUAGUUCGACAAAUCAAUAAAAAGUCACCAGAAAAGAAGAUGAAGCAAAAGAAGAAAUCGCUGUGCCUACUUCUGUAAGAUUUUUAUAUGGCAGUGUCCAUAUUUCUUCUGCAUUGAAAUAUACCAGUGGAAGAUGAAAGAGGAACUGGCGGUUAUAAAAAUAUUAGUGACAAGAAGGGGUCUGAUAAGAUGAUAAAAUAAUAGCAGAGGAACUAAAUAAAAGGAGAUAUGAUGAUUUGGGUAGUUGUAAAACGAGAAAAGACAAAGAUGCUACGCUACGUAAGGGAAGAGCGCUGGGGAGAGGAAUGUAACAAGGAGGAGAAUAUGGAGUAUGAAUGUGUGGGUGCAUCUUUUGUAUGUAUGUGCGAGAAAAAGAAAGAGAGAAAGAGAGAGAGAAAGUGAGAGAGUGAGAAA